GGCAAGGGCGGGGCUGGGGAGCGCGAGGCGGGAGCGGCGUGGCGGGGAGCCGCAGCGCAGUGCCCGGGACGAUGCCAGGCGCGCCGGCCGCGCGCUGAGCGCUCGCGCCCGCCGCUGCUGCCCGGCAGGAGGUGUCCUGCAUCUCCCCUGAAGGCAGGAUGACAGAGCACGAGGACUUUGCCAGCCUGGCUGGGUACUGGAACGCCUCAGACAGCUCUCAGUUCAGCCCCGCCAGCGUCAUCAUCCCAGUUGUCUUCUCCCUCAUCUUCCUCCUGGGCACGGUGGGCAACAGCUUGGUUCUGGCAGUGCUGCUUCGCAAUGGACAGAUGGGCCACAACACCACCAACCUCUUCAUCCUCAACCUCAGCCUAGCCGACUUCUUCUUCAUCAUCUUCUGCGUCCCUUUCCAGGCCACCAUCUACUCACUGGAGGGCUGGGUCUUCGGAUCCUUCAUGUGCAAGGCCGUCCACUUCUUCAUCUACCUCACCAUGUAUGCCAGCAGCUUCACGCUGGCCGCCGUCUCAGUGGACAGGUACCUGGCCAUCCGCUACCCACUGCGCUCCCGGGAACUGCGGACCCCCUGCAACACGGUUGCGGCCUUGGCUGUGAUCUGGGGUCUCUCUGUGGUCUUCGCUGGUCCAUACCUGAGCUACUAUGACCUGAUCGAGUGGGAGUCCAGCUACAUCUGCAUGCCUGGCUGGGAAGAGUGGAAGCGCAAGAUCAUAGACACCAGCACGUUUGCCUUUGGCUACAUGAUCCCCGUGCUGAUCGUGAGUCUCUCCUACACCAGGACCAUCAAGUACUUGUGGACGGCCGUGGACCCCCUGGAGGAUAUGUCAGAGUCCAAGAAGGCCAAGCGGAAGGUGACCAAGAUGAUCAUCAUAGUGACCAUCCUCUUCUGUCUGUGCUGGCUGCCCUACCAUGUGGUGAUCCUGUGCUACUUCUAUGGGGACUUCCCCUUCAACCAGGCCACCUAUGCCUUCCGGCUGCUCUCCCACUGCAUGGCCUACGCCAACUCCUGCCUCAACCCCAUUGUCUAUGCCCUGGUCUCCAAGCACUUCCGCAAGGGCUUCAAGAAGGUCUUCAGCUGCCUUCUGAGGAAGAAAGCCCGCAACAAGGUCCAUGUGGUGCAUGCUGCCCACACGGUGCCUGGCUUCGAGGCGGGCUCCACUGAGGUAUCCCAGAUGAACGAGGAGAACAACGGGCAGCAGGACGGGUGCGAGCUGGAUGCAGGAUCCCUCAUGGUCCAGUCGGGCUCCUCCAGGCCCCUUCACCUCUCCUAGAAGCGAGGUUCCAUCCUCUUGGGCAGCCGUGCUUUGUUGCCAGUGGCAGGGAGAGGCCUCCCCUUCUUGCUGGAUGAUGGAGAGGACACGAGGGACAGCCCCAGAGAAUCCUACGCUUACCCCUGGACUUAAAUUUCUCUUGGCAUGCCACAGGCCUGUUGUUCUCCAAAGCACUGCAUCCGAGCCCCCAGACAGCGUGCGAGAAUGGGCCUGCCCGUCGGAGGGAACAGACCCCGGCUCACACCGGAGCCACAGCUCUGCUGGACUAAAGCUCAUUGGACCCAGUCUUUGCGAAUAGAGCAGAGACCAGCAGCACCAGCCCAGCUCUGAUUGUGUCUGGGUUGGUUGUCAGUGCUCUCUGCUCCUUAAUACCAGCUAACGCCCAUCACUGCCUUGCUCUAGUGUAGUCCUGUCUAGGCGGUUCUGCUUUUUGCUUCAUUUAUGUGGCUUCUCGGGGUUAAAACAUCCCCUCCCAUCUCUAGCUCAUGGCACAGUGUCUGGAGGCAGAUUCCUAACCCACUGAUCCAUCUAUCACAGGUGAGGGGCAUUGCUCAGAGAGGAGAGCACAGAAACACAGCAGGCAAAGCUGCCUGGCCUGCUCUAUCCAUCUUUCAAACACACCCUGAGGGAACAGACAGGGUUGGCCCAUCCCUCAGCCUCUGCUUGGGGCACUGUUUUGUACCACUCCGUUUGCCAUGUGCAUUUGCAACUGCCCCACUGACUUCAUUGUUCAGUCAUGUGCUUCAUUCAGCCACGUGCUUGUCCCUUUGCACCCAGGACCUUGGCCAUGUGCUCAUCUUUGAUCCAUGAUACCUGCCCACCUACCCCCCCCCACCCGCUCUGUGCUGCCUACCAGGUGCGUGGUGUUCACCAUGCAAUACCUGACACAAGGUCACCACUUGACACUGUCCCAGGUCUAGGUGCUGGGAGCAUCAUCAGAGCACAGCCCUUGUGUGUGAGCUGCUCCUUUCCCCUGUGCUCACUGUGCGACCUUCAUCAGCGCUUGUGUUCCGCAUAGCAGGGGGGACCAUAGCGUGCAGACAGUCCAGAAUCGGUGCUGGUUUAUUGAUUAUGCCAUGGCCAAAUCAUUCACCGUAACCAGAGUGUCCUUAAAGCAAGUUGUAUUCACGGCAUGGGUGCACGGCUGCCUGUGGGCGUCUGCUUCUGGUGCUCACCAUUCUAGUGUAAGGGGCUCUCCUUCACACAUGGAGCACUGGGGUCUGCGUGAGGGAGACGGAGCUGUACAUACUGUAGAGGUGUCUUUCUAACCAAAUAAAUAUGUUUUCCUAAUUUGGGAAGCAA